UCGGUAACGUUCCCCUUAAUAAUAACGGUUUGAUGUUUCUCUUGUGUCACGUUACUUUUUUUUUUAUUAUUGCCGUUAUGGUUAACAAUAUUUCUAAAAAGUGUGUUUUGAUCACUUUCACUCUGAAAGUUUCUUUGCAAAAAUCUGGCUAAUUCUGAAAGGAAAACACACACACAAAAAGUACAUUUGAAUCUUGAACGUUUCAGAAAUUUGUUCUAGCGCGAAAAAAAUGAAGUAUUCUAAAGUAUAAGUUCUAUCCCAUCAUACCUUAUAUAAACACAAGAGUUUAGUGCAAGUUAUAUGGCUUGAAAAUUUCCGAUGGCUCUCAGAGCUUCGUAUAUAGAUAUCAUCUCCAGCAUCAUCAUCAUCAUCUUCUCAACUUUUGUCAUCUUUCCAGAGAAAGGUGUUUGCCAGAGACAAUAUUUUCGGGUGAAACCACGCGCCAGUGAAGUCAUUCAAGGACAAACUAUUGAUUUGCAAUGUCAAAUAGCAAAUCUAGCUGGAGCUGUACAAUGGAGCAAAGACGGUUUCGUUCUGGGCUACGAUCCCGACAUUCCUGGCUACCCACGUUACGUUAUGGUUAUUGAUUCAAAGAAUGGGAUCUACAACUUGAGAGUUUCAGAUGCUCAACUCAGAGAUGAAGGGGAAUAUCAGUGUCAGGUUGGCCCAGCACCAGGGAAUAGUCCAAUCAGAAGUCAAGCGAAUUUAACAGUUUUGGUUCCGCCACGGAGAGUUGAAAUCCGUCAUCGCUCGAAUGGCAGUGUGCUAGAGGUACGAGAGGCCGAACGGAUUUCUCUGACAUGCUAUGCUCAUCAAAGUAAGCCGCACUCUCAGCUAAAAUGGUAUCGUAACCGCGUAGAGUUGAAAGAGCCGGUGCCCUAUGAAGUGGAACAGCUAAGAAACAACAAAUUAUUCACAACCUCUAGUUCUAUCAUUCUUCAUACUAAACUAGAAGACAACGACGCCACCUAUACUUGUGAAGCUAUUCAUCCUACGUUAAGAAAUUCGCUAAUAGCUACUGUUAGAAUUAGUGUCUUAUAUCCGCCAGGGCCACCAGAGAUUGAAGGUUUUCAAGAAGAUGACAUCGUUCAGAUUGGUGACACCCUAACCGUAGCUUGCAUAUCUCGUGGUGGCAAUCCCCCAGCGAAACUAGUUUGGCUCAGGAAUGAUGUUCAGAUAAACAAGAUAUUUUCAACCACAGGUUACGAAACUACAAAUACGCACUCUUUUCUUGUAACUGCGGCAGACAACAAAGCCACCUAUCGUUGUGAGGCCACGAACAGCGUAACGUUGCAGCCUUUGGAGUCAUCAGUUACCCUAAACGUUCUUUUUCCUCCAUCUCAAGUUUCAAUCAAAGGACCUCAUGAAGGAAAAAUCGGGGAUAACAUCACCUUGAGGUGCAUAGCAGGACCUAGUAAUCCAGAAUCAGAGCUUUCCUGGAUUGUAGACGGUCUACCGGUAUUCUCAAUAGCUGAAGCAACAGUGACGUCAAUGGGAAGUUGGUUUACGACAUCCAAUGUGAGCUUAACCUUGAGCAGGCAGGACCCUGAUACCAAGACAUUUUCCUGUGUAGCUCUGAACAAGAUUUUAAAUGAAAAAGUUACACAAACAGCCAAUCUCACUGUAAUAUAUCCACCAGGUCCACCAUCAGUAGAAAAUCAUAAUCGACCAAUCAUUUUAGGAGAAAUAAAACAACUAACUUGUGUUUCUUUCGGGGGAAAUCCUUGGGCAACUAUUCGUUGGUUUAAGGGAGAUACCGAGGUUCCUGCUGUGACUAAGCUCUUGCCCAAUGGAGUCGCUAGUAGCUUAGUGAUCCAAGCCGAAGCAAGUGACAAUGGUGCUGUGUAUAGAUGUGAGGCAUCCAAUUUAGCUACAAUACAGCCCCUGGUGGUUUCUGUAACAACUAAAGUUAUCUUUCCUCCUGCUGAUUUAAAUAUUGAAGUCUUGCCUAACAAACCGAGGGAGUACCAAAUAGUAACAAUAGAAUGUGAGUCUGGAUCCAGUAAUCCGGAGAGCAACAUUCAAUGGUGGAAGAAUGAUAAAUUAAUCAAUGGAGGGGUGGUGGCGAUUUCAAAAGGAGACUAUGGAGGGAAAAUAACAAAAAGUCGCCUUCGAUUCAACGUCACUUCUGAAGACGAUGGCUCGAUCUUCGUGUGUCAAGCAACAAAUCCCAAAAUACAUCGUUCAGUACACGAAACAAUCACACUUGAAAUACUUUAUAAGCCCAAGUUUCUGAUUCAUAGCCUGAAGCGGUUCGAUGUAGUAGAAGGUGAACCGGCUUUCAUCAAUAUUACUGCAAAGGGUAAUCCGUCGUCCAUAUCUUACCAAUGGUUUCAUGAAGGAAAACUGAUAGUUGACCCUUCUGCCUUUGCACCCUGGAGCACACAAACUAUUCAUCAUCAGGAUAUUUUUGCACGAAAUUCUGUGCUGGAAAUUACAAGAGUCUCACGAAAUCACGCAGGUUACUACGUAUGCGAAGCCACCAACUCGGAAGGAAGUACAAGAAUAGAAGUAAUCAUAAAUGUUCUAUAUCAGGCUUUCAUUACAAAAGUCAGCCAUGUGGUUCUGGUAAACGAAGAAGAUGACGCCCAACUCGAAUGUGCAGCCAACGGUAAUCCUCUCACCGAAGAUACUAUACGGUGGACCAGAUCUGGGUUUGACAUGUCCAGGACGCAGUUGGUAUCUAGAAAAGGACAGACCAUAUUCAAGGUUUUCAAUGUGUCUAGGAAGGACGCGGGUACUUUUCAUUGUUUGGCCUACAAUGGUAUUGGAGAAGAAAUAGAGGCUCGUGCUCUGCUUGUAGUCAAGUUUAAGCCUGUCGUUCACUUAACAAGACAGCUACUGAACGUUGCUGUUGAUCAAGGAAACACUGCACGUCUAGUCUGCGUAGCGGAAUCUGCUCCUAACGUUACCUUCUCCUGGUCCUUAGACAACGGAGUAGUAAUAGAAGGUUAUUUAGGUAACUCCAAGUACACCAGCCAAAAAGCUCAGUUAGACGAGACUAUGUGGGAGAGUGUUUUAUUUAUCAAGAAUGUUACUGACUCUGACUACGGAACGUACAUGUGCAUUGCGAAAAACCAAUUAGGUGUUGAUAACAUCAUGAUCACACUCAGGAGAAAAGGCAAACCAGAUCCCCCUGAGAAUGUACGUGUGCUCAACGCUACAGACGAUUCGAUAAACUUGGGAUGGAUUCCCGGUUUUAAUGGUGGAAGUGCACAAGAGUUUCGAAUUCGAUAUCACGAAAGUAAUUCUCCGAAGUACAAAUUCACCCAGUUCCUACCAGAAAGCUCUGUUUUUGUGGUUAUUAAAGGACUAAAACCACAGUCCGAAUAUCGGUUUGAGGUAGUGGCCAGAAAUAGGUUUGGAGAAAGUAGUUACACUGAUGUCAUUGCAACAACAAGAACCUUGGAUACAUCCGUAUUGAAUACUUCAAAGAUUAUGGUCAGUUCCACUGAUGAAGAGAGCAAAGGAUACUCAAGUCUCUUGAUCAUAGUAGGCGUUAUUUCAUGCUUAUGUCUAGUUUUCCUAAACUUCGUUUUCGUCAUCUUCAUUCUUAAGAAAAGAAAACGCAACCAAGAAAAUCAAGGAAAUACCACGUCCGAGAGAAAAACAUUUGAAGUGUACAGUCCUAGAAAAUAUCAAGAGAAAAUAAAUGGGGAUACUCUGUAUCCUGUUCAUUGUGAUAACAGUGAAAUUAAGCAUGAUAUCAAGUUGAAAGAAGUGCCCAAUAAGAGAAAGAAUAAAGAAGAACAGACUGAGCAAGGCAAAGCCCCAAGUGAUAACGAACUCCCUGGAGACACGGGAGAAGAUGAAAAUAGAGGUUCCCGUGAAACUGACAAGGACUGUCCGGAUAUUCUAAAAAACCCUGGAUUAUCAAGUAUGGGAAAUUGUGAAGCACCGAAACGAGAAUACAAUAAACUGUUCAUGAAUAGUGGUGGUCUGCAAAGGAAAGAUUCGUCUCAUGAAGCAGUUGGAACAUGCAACGUUCUGUGUCCUUCUGCUAAAACAACCAAAGGCAAUCAGGUUCAUGCCGGGAAGGAAUCCACUGUCCAGUCUCGUGACCUUGUAAUGCAUACGUCAUCCAAGCCCCAGAAAUACAUUGUCGGUAAAGUAGGAGUACAUGUAGUAUGACUUCAGACCAGUUCGAUAAAAAAAAAGGUUUAAAUCUUAGAAAAUCAUUCUAAUGUAAUUUCAAGUACGGAAAAAUAACAACAUCAAAACGAAUAUAUUUAUCUCUGUAUGUAUGUUCUGUAUCAACUACAUUCAAAACUAAUAUCUUUUCGCGUGUUAUAAUCACACAUUUAACGUUGCUACACCUUUUGGUCCUAUUGCGAGAACUGGAAGAUCGCGUGUAGUUAAUACAAAUAAACCGAGCUGUAUUUUUGUUGUA